AACAUUCCACAACACAUGUGGGUGUCUGACAGUCAUUGACCCGCAGGUGGUACACAUAUUGGCACGAAAUAUAAUGUGAAAUUCAGCGAAAAUGGCUGCCGAGCUUAUUAGAAGAGGACUCCUCCAGGAAAGCGAAUACCUGAAUAUUCUACGAAAAAUUAGUGACGACAGAGAAGUGUCUGUAGUAACUUGUGAGGUGAUCUUAGAAGCUGUGCAAGCCUGGGAAUGUGAAAGACCUGAUAGUGGUAAGAUUGUACAUCACGAGAGGUCAUGUAUAGUAUAUGCUGAUUUGCUAGAGAAGUGCCUUAUACCAUAUUUACUUGAUAUUAUUGGUAGGCAUUCAGUAAAAGCUUACAGCUAUCACGAGAAUAAUAUUAAUCAUGCUAAUGCAAUAUCACAAGAUCCUGCCAAAGGUAAAUCCAAGGUUACAGAUGAUGGCAGAUUGGUAAAAAAUGCAACUUUAGUCAAUAAUGAUGUUAUUAAUAGCAUGAUUAAGGAAAAGGUUACAGAGACAAUUGAACUAAAACUCGUUCCCAAAUUAUCAUGUUUAAUAGUAUAUUUGUUGGGAAUCUUGUCUGCUGCAGAGAAAGAUGGUUUUUCAUUAAAUCAACAUAUAAAUCUUCAACCCAAUUUUCUGUCCCUAAUGCAAAUAUUUGAGAAGAUUGCCGAAAGUUUAUCUGAAUUGACUCUUGAUAAUAUGGUAGCUGUGAAUGAACUUCAUAGAGUAAAAAUUCUGUCACUUAUUAUUGCAAAUCUGCUAAGAGAGAAAUCUUGCCAGCAAAGAGAUGAAUUUAUGAUUCCUGUGAAGAAUAUAGUUGAUAUAUCUCUAAAUUUGGUGAAGGGUUCACAUGAUGCUGAUAUCACAGCUGUGUUACUGACCCUUAUUGUACAACCAUACUUGGAGAGUGUGAAAAAGGGGGAUACCAUAGAAAUGAAACUCUGGCACAUAGUCAAGGAUUUUUAUACUGCAGGAGAAGACUUCAUCAUAGAAGAAAAAAAUGCAACAGGAUUUCUUAUCCUUUGUUUUUUAUCUGAGCAUACAUCCAGAAUGGAAAAUGACAAUAUGUUUUGGAAGAUUAUCCAGCAUGGACUCAUUCAUCCCAAUCCGCUGUCAAGGAAGAGAUCACAGUAUGUGCUCAAGAGAGCUGUGGACACUUGCACAUCAUCAACAGCUGAUGGCUACUCAAAGUAUAUGUCAUGGCAGAUGAAUAGGAAAAAGGAGAUAGAGAAACUUUGGUAUGACUUUUUCCUUUUGAUAGAAACACUUGAAGAAAAGCAAGCACAUGUGAUCAAACCUGUAUUAGAAAAAUUGGACAGAUUAAUUUUAGCAUCAAGUAAAAAUGGUUUUCAUGUGUCUUGGGUUCUCAUAAUCUUUCACAGAAUAUUUUGUCAUGACAACAAGAACAUAAGGCAGUGGGGUCUUAUGAAAUUCCUAAACCUGAAGUUUCCAGAGGAAGUUCUUAUGAAUGGUUUUCUGUCCUUUGUUACAUGCCAUCUCAUAUCAAUAUUGAGUGAUUAUAUGUAUUAUGCAAGAGAUCCUGGACAGCCACCUAAAACAAGUUCUGUUAUUGGUGAUCAGCUAAUCUUGUUCUUUAGAAACAUAAUAAUCACAUUGAGUGUUUCUAAUCAAAGACACUUCUUAUGCUCAUUACUUGAAUCAGUAUUUGAUGGAAGGCCAUGGGGUGGAAUUCCCCUGUUUUACCUACUUAGGAGUGUGUCUCAGAUUCCAUGCACAAGAGUUUGGAAUUAUAAAGUUGUAAAAAAUGCCACUGUUAAUUUUGAAGGAUGCCUAAGCACUCAGGAUGUAACUUUAAGGUCUGCUAGUCAGUGUGACCUCCUGAAUGCAGUUUUCAAACACUUGAGCGCUGAGACUAGUUUAAUUGAGAUUUGCGACAUAGUUGGCCAUUUCAGAAGGAAAGAGUCAUGGUGUCGUGGCACUGGAACAUGGGAAAUGAUUAUUGAUGGCCUUGAUAUCUUUAAUGAGAAUUAUGAUGAUUCAUCAGUACACAAAGCACUAGCUGCAACCAUGUCAUCACUGGAUUGUAAAGAUAUGGUUCACCCAUCAGACAUGGCUUUGGGCAUUAACUUGCUCAUGGAAAAGAAUUGCAGGAGAAAUGAUAAUAAUAUAAGAGACUGUUAUGCAGAAUCUCUGCUUAAACCUAUAACUAACUUCUUGAGAGACUGUCACAUGCGUCCAUAUCUAGACAAAAAGAAACUUGCAUGGACUUUGCAGGUUGUAGCAGUGACUUUGCAAAUAAGGUAUGAAGUUCCAGUAAAUAAUCACGGAACAGAGUUGAAACAUGAUGGUGAUCUCUCAUGUCUGGUGAAUGGAAUCAUUUCUGUAGCACAGCUUUUUAUUACCCAUAUGGAUAUGCUGAACCAGCCACAUGAUCUGGACACAUUAACUCAUUAUUUGCAAUUGUUUGGCAUAUGCAAUAGUGCACCACCUUUCAGAUCAACCAUGAAAAAUCUGUAUGUUCAGAUUCUUGAAAAAUGCAAAUCUCUGCUGGAAAAAACAGACCCAGUGAAAGUGUCAUUUGGAAUUUUAGUAUUAGAGCAUCUCCUGCUUUUUCAUUAUAAAGACUCGGGACAUAGCAUAAGGGAGGAGUACCAUCAACUUUUUCUGCAGAAGAUUGUGCACAGUAUUCCACCACUGACUCAAAGAAGAAGCAUAGAAGGCUACAAAUCCACAGAGUUCACCUCAAAUCUCCUUCUGGAGACCACUCGAAGUUGUUGGUCUUGCAUAGAUAUGCUAAUCACAAAGAAAAAAAUGAGCAGUACAAGCUCCCUAGCAGAAAUUGAGUGCGCUGUGGAGGCCUUCUUACCGGAGGCAGUCAAUACCUUAGGGCGUCUGAAUGCAGUGCAUGUGUUCCAGGUGGCUAUUAGUUUAGCUCCUUCUGUUAUUAAGGCUAACAUGUGGCAAGAAUUGGUUGAACUCAUGUGGAGAUCAUCUUCAGAGUUUCGGAAGGGGUGUGACCUCUACCGAACCCUAAUUGGGUACCUCUCUGAUCUCCUCUUCCACAGGGAUGCCAUAGUCAAGCCAGAGCACCACAAGUUCAUUGUUCAGAUAUCUCAGAAAUUGUUGACAACUGGUGAGGCUGCACAGGGUAUAGCUGCACACUUGGCAAGGAGUCUUAUUAUGCCACUCUCUGAAAGGGCAGUAAGAGAUGGUCUGCCAUCUGGUACUCUGGAUGAACUUAUGCAAGAUGUUCUUGUUCCACUUCUUAUGUUUGGAUAUGUAUUUAGGAAACAGUUUAAGGUGGUUCAAGAUACAGUUGAAUAUAUCCAGCAUUGUGGAACUACAUACAGCACCAAUAUCCUUUUAGAGAGUAACUGGGAUGCUGACCAGAGAGCCAGAGCAAUUACUCUUCGUUUCUUGCUUAGCCUGAAUAAAGAAAAAUCAAGUGACAGAAGCAUUGCUGUAGCAACUGUGCAAGGUAUCAGGUAUCAGUAUGCUAAGUGCACAAGUGAUCGUCGAGAUUUUGGCAACUCACAGUCCCACCGAUACAAGACAAGGCUCCUGCAAGCUUUCCUCUUGCUCUUGCCAUUACUAGAUGAGGAAGAAUGCCUGCUGAGCUUGUCUUGGCUAUGCAAAGGCUUGAUCAAGGACCACCAGCAGCCAAGUGUCCGAUACAUGCAAGAGUGGGGCAUUGCACUCAUCAUAAUUUUUCACCCCAGUUUCUACCCUCAUCUGCUGAAACACUUUUUGGAGGGUUCAAAGGAGCGAGUCGGAUGUGUUGGCUCUUUCCUGGCCUCCCUCACACAUGUGGCUUGUACCACAGAAGAGGAGGAAGUUCUAAGUCAGACAAUCCAGUACACACUACCCUGGUGUAUGGCACAGCACUUCAAUACUAGGCUUUAUGCUCAAGUUUCUUUGAGGAAGAUAUGGCAUCACUGCCAAUCCAUAAAUGCAACAGCUGUACUGGAUAAGUAUGAUCCCAUGCAACAGUGCCUACAGUUUGUUGUGGAACAAGGCAGUGCAGCUCGUAACACCCUGAAUAUGCUGAAUGAUUUUUAUUUCAAAGUAUUCCAUCCUGUUCAACAUUACACACUUCAGACUAUUGUUUAUGACCUGCCAUGUCUCUCACUGCUGGCUAAUGAUGAAUGGCUGACAGUGGACUUUAUUAUGGGUGCCAUGGAUUCAUCCAUUCUUCCUGUGAAAAGCGAGAUUCCACUUCACAAUAUGGAUAAGGUUCUGGCUGAGUCUUCCCCAGCACCUUGGGUGAUCAAAGCUGCUGGCGAGCCAUCAUUCCCAGAGGACAGUGAAGUAUCUGGCAGCCCUGUGCUUAAUGUACAGAGGAAAAUAACUCCUUGGAAAUCAAUGAUUUCUGAGCUAACUGCCCCUCUUGACUUGCCAAAUAUGGCUGAACCUCGGCAACAACGUGGAGGCUUGAUUCUGGUUGCUUCACUGAUUGAUAAGCCACCUAACCUUGGUGGCUUGUGCCGGACCUGUGAAGUUUUUAGUGUGCAAGAGUAUGUAGUUCCUUCUCUUGCGGUGCUGGAAGAUCAGACCUUCAACUCUCUUUCCUUAACUGCUCAGCAGUGGGUGCCUGUCAAGGAAGUUAAACCAGAUAAUCUUGCAGAGUACUUGAGAACCCUUCAGAAUGAAGGGUAUACAUUAGUUGCAGCAGAACAAACUGCCAACAGCAAGAAACUCUCUGAUUACAGCUUCCCAGUAAGAACGGCAGUAAUUUUAGGAAAUGAAAGAGAAGGAAUUCCAUGUGAGCUCCUCCAGCUUCUUGAUGUCUGUGUUGAAAUUCCACAGUUUGGCAUUAUUAGGUCUCUUAAUGUCCAUGUUUCUGGAGCCCUCUUCAUUUGGGAGUACACACGGCAGCACCUUGCUAAACCUACCUGUGGUUAAACAUUCUUUUAUCAUUAAAUAAAUCAUUUGUGCAUGUCAUUGUAAACAUAAUUUUCAGUCUUACAUGAUGUGAAAGUUAAUCACUCAGCCAUUUCUAUUUAUUUUCAUUUAACAAAUUCUUUUAUUUUUCACAAGUAGACCAAUUGCAUACAUGAAUGUAUUUCAAUUUUCAUGUUAUUUUUUAUAAGCCAUUUUCAUCCUAUUCAAAUAUAAUUUUAUUGAAUUUU